UUUGGUCCCCUUUUUUGUGACUACCCUUUGUUAGUUAUUCUGCUGCUGGCUUCUUUUAACUUUGUGUACACAUUUGUGGUUAGCAGGGAGGAGUUCUUAUUGAGAGUACAGUGUGGGUUUGAGUAAAAUGACAGCAUAUUCAAAUCUAAUGCUUAAAGAUUGUGCUUCUUGGUAGAGAAUUGCACCAUGUUUCUUCACACCUUUCUCCUCUUCAGUGUCUCUUGUGCUGUUGGGAUGGAGAGUGGAAUUAUAGGUGGAAAAGAGGCUAAACCUCAUUCUAGACCAUACUUAGCAUCUCUCCAGCGUAAUGGAUAUCAUACAUGUGGUGGGAUGCUGAUAAAAAAUGAUUAUGUUCUAACUUCAGCCCAUUGUUUAAAUCGCAGUGAUUUCUCUGGCCGGAGCCAAUUUGAGGUUGUUCUGGGAGCCCACAACAUAAAUCAGAAGGAGAAAAGCCAGCAGAGGAUCCCGGUGAAACAAUACAUCCGUCAUCCUUUGUUUGAACAGAACAACAAGAAAGACUACAGCUAUGAUAUCAUGUUACUAAAACUGAAGACUAAAGCCAAAUUGAAUAAAUUUGUGAAAAUUAUGGCUCUACCUAAGAAAAAUGGAAAAACACCAGCCCUUGUGAAAUGCUCCAUUGCUGGCUGGGGCAUGAUAAACAAAGACGAAGAAAAGCCAUCGAGUGUGUUACGUGAAGUCAUUCUUACACUGCAGUUCAGUAUUGAAUGUACUCACAAAUGGAAGUACUGGUUCAACUCCGAGAGAAAUAUCUGUUCUGUUUCAAAUGGAAAAGAUGGUUUUUGUAAGGGCGAUUCUGGAGGUCCUCUUUUCUGCAACAGUAAACCAGUUGCAAUUGCUACAUACACUGUUAACUGUACAGAAGAUAUAGCAGAAAGGAAAAAGUAUCCUGCAGUCUAUGUUAAAAUAUCCUCCUUCCUCCCCUGGAUUAAAAAAAAGAUUAAAGGUUGAAAGUUCAAAUUUAAUAUAUGAUUGAAUUGUUUUCUUAUGUUAAAGGUGCCCAUUGUUUUUUCCACUUGUAAACAGAUUAUUGGGGACAGUAUAAAGUCCACGG